AGGAUUUCCAAGCACGAGCUUCAUUCGUUAAAAUCAUUUUUCUAUGUCAACACACCUGCAGCAGGAAACACAGGCAGGUAUCACAAUUAGUCUAACUAGUGUAUAUAUGAUGGUCAGCGUUACCUUAUCAUUGCAGGAAACCUUUGCAGAUCUUACUAAAGAAAUCUAAGCAACAAUGACAUUACUAGGACUUCUUUUUAUUAUAUUUGAAUUAGUGGUACCUCCACUCCAGCAACCGAACGCUGUUCACAUUGGAGAACUGUUGAAAAGCCUAUAUCAAGGGAACUGUUAUGAAAGAUGUAGGAGCGCCUACCAAACAAACCCAGACAGCUUGAUGGUAAACGGAUGUAUUUGUUCACAAUAUAAGUUUGUUGGGAUGUCUUCAAGUACUACAAAUACCUGUGGAUACCUGAACGUCACUUGUCUAACUGACCCAGGUCACCAUGACAUUGUCAACGCUUUCUCUUUUGAUCUAAGACGUCUGAGGUGUCAGAAGGUCGUCGUGUACGCCAGGUGUGCUGUCUCUUAUGGUGUAGCCAGCAACAUUUUCCAGACUUUUCAAGAAUGUUCACGACUGUGUGAGUCUAGCAACAGAUCAUUCUACAGCCCGAUGUAGCCAGGUCACUUUUUUAGAAGCAACUGAUUACAGAGUUAUUGAGCUAAAUAAAAGAAAUGAUACAUUUGU